GCCCAUCAAUUCAUUCUUCAUACUUUGGUUCUCUACCGGGCCACAAGCAUCUCUACGACAUGUCGAAACUCUCCAGUGGCCUCAAGGCCCUUAUCAACUCCCCUGCUGCGCGACCCAAAACAACACCCGCCCCUCCGCAAAUCGGCUCUCUCUACCAGAAGAUCCAGCAAUAUGCGCAGUCAAAAGGCCUAUCUCAGUCUUCAUGGCUAGCCCUUUCGACAGCCGCCACAAUGACCAUGAACUCCCCGGAGGCCCUCCAUUCCCUCUUCAAAGUCGCGACCGCCGGGGCCUCAGAACAAACAAGUACCGUGGAAUUCAUGCGCGAAGUCGGUCUAAAGUGUAUCAGCUUCAACGGCAUCCCCCGUACUAUAAACUGUCUUGUCGACUUCAAAUCUAAUCUCCCCGGCUCUAUCACGGACCAGCUCUCCAGCACGCCAACCCGCGGUCCUGAUUCGCAGAAUAUUACCGGAAUCAGUGCUCGCGGGAAAGACCUCUGGGACUCGAUCUACCGGCCCUUCGAGACGAAGCUAUAUCGUAAGCUAGGCGACGCGCAUCCGGAUCUUCCCGUACACAUCCUGCAUUUCAACUACGGUGCUCUUCUGUCCGAUCCGCAACGCUCGGGGGCGAAUGUAGGCCGAUUAGCAACGUCUAUCGUGGCGAUUGCUUGUCUGCGCGCCCAAACAGGUGUUGGACCGCAGGUGCUAUCGCAUGUGUUUGGUUUGCGGAAGGCCAUCGAGGACUCAACAUGGGUACAUGAUGUUGAGAGCGAAGAGGCGGCCAAAUGGUUGGCUAGCGACGAGGGGAAUACGUGGAUCUUGAAUAGCGUGGAUGAUAUCGUGAAGGCAAUUGGAAAGGGUGAGGGAUCUAAUUUCGCCCCGGCGAGGGAGUCGAAGCUAUAAAUUGAAGGUGCUAUACCUAGAUCUCGAUAUAGUGGAUUAGAAGUUGUAAAUAUGGGUCUGUAUUAGUGUCUCUAUAGCAUUUUGGUAACUGAAUGACCAUCAAUUGAGC